AACAAUAAUAAAAUUCCUAGAAUUCCAGGCUCGGAUCUUAAAAUCAGAAUUUUCAUAGAGGGAGAGGAUCCAAAUAUCUCCGUUUUCUUCUUCAUUUAAACCCAAAUACAAUUUCUUCUCAUUUUUUGUUCUUAAUUUUAGAUGCCGGAUCAGAUCUGAGGGAAUCAAGAGAUUGAGAUACAGAAACAAAAUGUUGACGAAGUUCGAGACGAAGAGUAAUAGAGUGAAGGGAUUAAGUUUCCACACUAAGAGGCCAUGGAUCUUAGCUAGUCUCCACAGUGGCGUUAUCCAGUUAUGGGACUAUCGAAUGGGGACUUUGAUUGAUCGGUUCGACGAACAUGACGGCCCUGUUCGCGGUGUCCAUUUUCACAUGUCUCAGCCUUUGUUUGUCUCUGGAGGAGAUGACUACAAGAUAAAGGUCUGGAACUACAAGUUGCAUAGAUGUCUUUUCACCCUUCUUGGACAUCUUGAUUAUAUUCGUACUGUUCAAUUUUAUCAUGAGCAUCCAUGGAUUGUGAGUGCCAGUGAUGAUCAAACUAUUCGCAUAUGGAACUGGCAGUCUCGAACUUGCAUCUCUGUGUUGACUGGUCAUAAUCAUUAUGUUAUGUGCGCCUCAUUCCAUCCUAAAGAAGACCUUGUUGUGUCUGCCUCCCUUGACCAGACUGUUCGAGUUUGGGAUAUUGGUUCCUUGAAAAAGAAGGUUGCCUCCCCAGCAGAUGAUAUUUUACGGUUGAGCCAGAUGAACACCGAUCUUUUUGGUGGUGUUGAUGCUGUUGUGAAGUAUGUGUUGGAAGGUCAUGACCGAGGAGUAAAUUGGGCCGCUUUUCAUCCAACCUUACCUUUGAUAGUCUCUGGUGCUGAUGACCGCCAAGUGAAAUUGUGGCGUAUGAAUGAUACGAAGGCUUGGGAAGUAGAUACCUUGAGAGGACACAUGAAUAACGUGUCAUGUGUUAUGUUCCAUGCCAAACAGGACAUCAUUGUGUCUAAUUCUGAGGAUAAAAGUAUUCGUGUGUGGGAUGCAACAAAGCGAACUGGACUUCAAACUUUCCGUCGAGAACAUGACAGGUUCUGGAUUCUUGCAGCUCAUCCUGAGAUCAAUCUUUUGGCAGCUGGACAUGACAGUGGCAUGAUUGUAUUUAAGCUAGAGAGAGAACGACCUGCUUUUGCAGUAAGUGGGGAUUCUCUGUUUUAUGCCAAGGACCGAUUUUUAAGGUAUUAUGACUUUACUACUCAAAGAGAGACACAAGUAGUUCCAAUUCGACGGCCUGGUUCUACCAGCCUGAAUCAAUCUCCAAGAACUCUUUCUUAUAGUCCUACAGAAAAUGCUGUUCUUAUCUGCUCAGAUGUUGAUGGAGGAACUUAUGAGUUGUAUUUGAUACCAAAAGACAGCAUUGGUCGGAGUGACUUACAGGAGGCAAAGAAAGGUCCUGGUAAUUCUGCUAUAUUUGUGGCUCGGAACCGGUUUGCUGUACUUGAGAAAAGCAACAAUCAAGUCUUAAUCAAGAAUCUUAAAAAUGAGGUUGUUAAAAAGAGUGGCCUUCCAGUGCCUACGGACGCAAUAUUUUAUGCUGGAACAGGUAAUUUGUUGUGUAGAUCAGAUGAUAGAGUGGCUGUCUUUGAUCUGCAACAGAGGCUUGUUAUUGGUGAUCUACAAACUCCUUUUGUGAAGUAUGUUGUUUGGUCUAAUGACAUGGAGAGUGUUGCUUUGCUGAGCAAGCAUUCCAUUAUAAUUACUAACAAGAAGCUUGUUCACCAGUGCACUUUUCAUGAGACAAUACGUGUUAAGAGUGGGGCUUGGGAUGAAAAUGGUGUUUUCAUUUACACCACUCUAAAUCAUAUAAAAUACUGCCUUCCCAACGGAGAUAGUGGAAUAAUUCGAACCCUCGAUGUUCCAAUAUACAUAACCAAGGUUUCCGGAUAUACAAUCUUUUGCCUGGAUCGUGAUGGAAAGAAUAAGACUCUGGUCAUUGAUGCCACAGAAUACAUUUUCAAGCUCUCUUUACUUCGGAAGAGGUAUGAUCAUGUUAUGAGCAUGAUAAGAAACUCCCAGCUUUGCGGUGAGGCUGUGAUUGCUUAUCUUCAACAGAAGGGGUUCCCUGAAGUGGCUCUCCAUUUUGUCAAAGAUGAGAGAACCCGGUUUAACUUGGCUCUGGAGAGUGGGAAUAUCCAAAUUGCUGUUGCAUCAGCUAAGGAGAUUGAUGACAAAGAUCAUUGGUAUAGGUUGGGUGUGGAAGCCCUUCGCCAAGGCAAUGCAGGUAUAGUGGAAUAUGCCUACCAGAGGACAAAGAACUUUGAGAGGUUGUCUUUUCUUUAUCUCAUAAAUGGUAAUCUGGAUAAGCUGUCCAAGAUGCUGAAAAUCGCGGAAGUCAAGAAUGAUGUUAUGGGCCAGUUUCACAAUGCUUUAUAUCUCGGUGAUGUCCAAGAACGUGUAAAGAUCUUGGAGAAUGCUGGUCAUCUGCCUCUUGCUUAUGUUACAGCAUCAGUCCAUGGGCUGCAUGAUGUGGCCGAAAGGUUAGCUGCUGAGUUGGGAGAUGAUGUCCCUUCUUUGCCAGAAGGGAAAAAACCUUCCUUAUUAAUGCCUCCAGCACCAGUUAUUUGUGGUGGUGAUUGGCCCCUGUUGAGAGUAAUGAAAGGCAUAUUUGAUGGUGGAUUUGAUAAUAUUGGUAGGGGCGCUGCAGGUGAUGAGGAGGAUGGUGCAGAAGGUGAUUGGGGUGAAGAUCUUGAUAUAGUGGAUGUUGAUGGCUUACAGAAUGGAGAUGUUACUGCAAUUUUGGAAGACGGGGAAGUGGGUGAAGAAAAUGAAGAGGGUGGAUGGGACCUCGAAGACUUGGAACUACCCCCUGAGGUACAGACACCAAAGGUUUCUUCCAAUGCUCGUUCUUCUGUUUUCGUGGCUCCGUCCCCUGGUAUGCCUGUGAGUCAAAUUUGGACACAUAGAUCGUCACUUGCUGCAGAUCAUGCAGCUGCUGGCAAUUUUGAUACAUCUAUGCAUUUGCUGAGAAGGCAACUUGGAAUAAAAAACUUUGCUCCUUUAAAAUCCAUGUUUCUCGAUCUCUACACUGGCAGCCAUAGCUAUCUUUGGGCAUCUGCAUCUGCUCCAGUGGUGAGCUUGGCGGUCGAGAGGGGAUGGAAUGAGUCUGCUAGUCCUAAUGUCAGGGGUCCACCAGCCCUAGUAUUCAAUUUUUCUCAGCUGGAUGAAAAGUUGAAGGCUGGAUACAAGUCCACAACAGCUGGAAAAUUUACCGAUGCUCUUCGGCUUUUCCUCUGCAUUCUUUAUACAAUUCCAUUAGUUGUCGUGGAGUCAAGGAGGGAAGUUGAUGAAGUCAAAGAGUUAAUUAUCAUCGCCAAGGAGUAUGUUCUUGGUCUGCAGAUGGAGCUUAAGCGUAGAGAGUUGAAAGACAAUCUGGUACGCCAACAGGAGCUUGCUGCCUACUUCACCCACUGCAACCUUCAAUUGCCUCAUCUCAGACUUGCUCUGCUAAACGCAAUGACAGUCUGCUACAAGGCAAAGAACCUGGCUACGGCAGCUAACUUCGCCAGGCGUCUUCUAGAAACAAACCCCACAAACGAGAGCCAUUCAAAGACGGCAAGGCAAGUACUUCAGGCUGCCGAGAGGAAUAUGACCGAUGCGUCCCAGUUGAACUAUGAUUUCAGGAACCCAUUUGUCCCAUGUGGAGCAACCUAUGUUCCUAUUUACCGAGGACAGAAGGAUGUAUCUUGCCCUUACUGUACCACUCGCUUCGUGCCUACCCAGGAAGGACAGUUGUGUACGGUCUGUGAUCUCGCCAUCGUUGGAGCUGAUGCUUCAGGACUUCUCUGUUCUCCAUCGCAAAUCCGAUGACCGGGCUGGCAUUGAUCGAGGCUUGUUCCUUCAAUAUUGCUCGUCAUUUGAGCAGCCGAAUCAAUCACGACGACUGAUUCCCAUCUGCAGGUAAUUUGAUAUCGACUUCAUUUAUUCGCACCGUCUACUUUUAUUUUUGCCUUUUGUUUUCCAUUAUAAUGUUCAGAUGUAAAAAACAAUUUUGGGAAUUUUGGAUUUUUCUUCUUUCAUGGACAA